UAAUAAUUGUGUGACGGAACACACUGACAGCAAUGAAAUGUGACUUUUUCAGUUUUUCAUUUUAAAAGUUUUCACCUUUCUGAAAUCUGUAUUAUUUUCCUAAGUAAAAUGCAACUUGUUGUAAAAAUUCGUCUAUUUAGAAGUCCUUUUACAAUUUGCUACAUAACUGAACACAACGUCAUCUUGCCUGAUGAACAUUCCAAAUGUAUUGGCAUAAAUUUUGCAUCUGGAGAUCAAAACUAUGAGUGUAAUAAAAUUCAUAUAGAAAAUGAAAACAAAUUAAAUCGUAAAACCUUAGGUUACAAAACAACUGCCUUAUUUUUGCAACCUUUUUUAAGAGAAUGCGUGUAUUCUGAUGUGUAUAGAAGAAAUAUAAUAAGAUAUUUAAAUGAAAUAAGUGGUAAUAGUGGGACAGUCUUUUUCAAAUUGAUUCUUGAACCACCUGAUAAAGAAGUAAUUGAUUACAUAUGGAAUGAUCGUGUACAACAUCUGCUUAGGACAAGAAUAGAAAUUGAAAAUGCAUUUGCCUGGCUUUCCACACUAGGUGGGGCAUAUUCAGCAUUGGGUGAUUAUUUUGAACACUGUGCAGAAGAAGCGGGCAGAAUAUCAAUAAAACAGUACAGGCUGUCAAAAAUGCUUGGCGAUGAAAGUUUGUGUGCACGGAGUAGGCUUUAUUUGGCUCUUGCAUACUCACAGAAAGGAAAUCUCAAACUAUCAAGACAUAUUGUAAGAUCAGUUGCAGAUUUUGCUAGAAUAACAAAUGAUAAACGUCUAAAUAGAAUGUGUCAAGGUGUUUGGGCCAAGUUGAAAUAUCUGCGACAGUUGAAAAAGAAUUCGGAGCUAAAUAAUGUGAAUGGUACUACGGAAAGUGUGGCUAGAGUUAUGGAGGUUAAUGUGUAAAUAAAUGGUUAUUUAUUGUUUUGUUAA